AUUUCAAUAUUGGUGAGGUUGGUGUUGUGUUCUCUCUUUCUUUCUUUCUUAAUUUGCAUAAGUAAAUCUCCAUUGAAACAACCAUGAGAAGCCCCCCAAAAGAGCUUGCAGAUGGUGGUUCAAGGGAUUUCAUCUCGAAUUCAUAUUUAAGCUCUUGGACUCUUCCAAAAAUGGUGAUCAGCUUCAUCAUCGUAAUCUCUCUUCCCUACUUCUUUUAUUCAUUAAGGUUGUUAUACUCUUCAAAUCCACCAAAACAACAAACAGUAAUUCACGACAUCCAACAAUCUCAAUCUCAACCUCAACCUCAGCCUCAGCCUCAAUCUCUUCCUCGGCUUCCAAGCAAUUCCUUACCAAGGCAAGUAUCAUCAACUCGGAAACUCGAGACGUCCCCGGCGGAGAGAACAAGCCUCAAGCAUAUAGUUUUCGGCAUUGGAGCCUCGUCGUUCACAUGGGAACGAAGAAAAAAUUACCUCAAGUUAUGGUGGAGACCGAAACAGAUGCGAGGCCAUGUUUGGUUGAACAAGCCUGUCAGAUACACUGCUGAGGAUCGUAAAUCUUUACCACCAUUAAAGAUCUCUAGCGACACAUCGAAAUUCGAUUACAAACACCCAUGGGGUACGCGGGACGCCAUUAGAAUGUCGAGAAUUGUCUCAGAAUCGCUGAGGUUAGGCAUGAAGGACGUAAGGUGGUUCGUAAUGGGUGACGAUGAUACAGUUUUUAUUGCAGAUAAUUUGGUUAGGGUUCUAUCCAAGUAUGAUCAUAAUCAGUUUUAUUAUAUAGGGAGUCCAUCAGAGACCCAUGUUCAGAAUUUAAAUUUUUAUUAUGGCAUGGCAUUUGGUGGUGGUGGAUUUGCCAUAAGUUAUCCAUUAGCCAAAGCUCUGGAGAAAAUGCAAGAUCGUUGCUUACAUAAAUAUUCGUUUUUAUAUGGCUCUGAUGCAAGGGUCCAUGCUUGUUUGUCUGAGAUUGGUGUUCCUCUCACCAGAGAACAAGGAUUUCAUCAGUUUGAUCUGCACGGCAACAUUUUCGGCUACUUGGCGGCUCAUCCGAUUGCACCUGUAGUGUCUUUCCACCACUUAGAUUUGAUCGAGCCUAUCUUCCCGGACAUGGACCGAGUCGAUGCUAUAAGGCGCUUAAUGGUAUCAAUGAAAUUAGACUCAGCAGCCCUGAUUCAACAAUCGUUUUGCUAUGACAAAAAGCGGACCUGGACCGUGUCAGUAUCCUGGGGCUAUGCUGUGCAAAUAAUACGGGGCAUAAUUCCGGCGAGUGAAAUAGAAACACCGGAGAAAACCUUCAUGGAUUGGAAUUCAAGAGGGGACGCCAGUGCAUUUGCAUUCAAAGUCCGCCCACUUAGCAUCAACCCUUGCCAAAAUCCAUUUGUCUACUUUCUUUCCAACGCACUGUACAAUGCCAGUACUAAUCAAACUGCCACUGAGUAUACUCGGUAUUGGGUACCCACCCCACCUUGUGCUUGGAAGAUUCCUAACCCUUCUAAAAUUCAUAGAGUUCAGCUUUUCAAGAAACCUGAUCCCCAUUUAUGGGACAAGUCUCCGAGAAGAAAUUGCUGUAGGAUCUUGCCGAAGAAGAGGAAACGCACCUUGAGAAUUGACGUGGGUGAAUGCAGGGAAGAUGAGAGUGUUGACGUUGGUUGACCAGAUUUUGUCAGUCAGUACGAGAUAGGACAUGAUCUUAAUCGAAGUUUUAAGAUCUUUUAGGUUUGAUAUCUGUGUUGAUGACGAUGGUUCAAGUUCAACUCUUAGAAAAUUUUCGUUCGACAUACGAAAGAAAAUUUAUACAUGUUUGUAGGAUUUUUUUUUUUUUGUAAAUUUUCAAGUUCGUGUCAUAAUUAUUCCUAAACUUAAUUUAUAAUUUUUUCUUAUAUCAUAGCUUAAAUUGGCCAAGGGCAAGAUUUAACAUCUACGAAACGCUGCGUUUCGUAUUGCAU